CUUCUUUGAGGAAUCUUCUGUUUUGUGAAACAGCAUUCCAAUAAUUUCUGGGGGAAUAGAGAAAUAGUGUCUAUUUUCUAUAAAAGCAAAGUCUCAUAUUUCAACACCUUCUCUCUCAAGUAAACCUAAAUCCAGAAUGCCUUUGGGAUAAACGAUAGGGAAAUAAAAAUGAAUUUUAUUUUUAAUUGUUGUUGAUCCAGCUUUUCUUGAUCUGUUUAUCGUUGUAACAGCCAGGGCUCUUCUGGAUCUUAAAUGUGCCCCCAACUAUGCCCAGUAUCCAUCUGGAUAAUGCUUCAUGGAGGAAAAAACUUGAGACAUCAAAUUCUAAUCCAGCAAAUAGAACGUUAGCGGAAUUGCUGUGAUAAACUUUCUCCAACCUUCGAGGUGCAAUUCAAACUGUUGAACAGACUUGGGAUUAUAUUUGUAUUGAUCUAUUAUAGUUGAUUGCAGUAGUAAGUUAAUACGAGGUGGUUUUUGAGAUAUGACUUCGAAGACCCUUAAGAUCGGAUAUAUUCCAGAGCACUUUUCUACUCCAAUUUAUUUUGCCAAAGCCAAUGGUUAUUUUGCAAAGAAUAGUUUAUCAGUUGAGCUAAUUUCCUAUCCAUCUGGUUCAGGCCAUCUUAUUCAAUCUCUCAAAGAUGGAUCGAUUGAUAUCGCCAUUGGACUAACAGAAGCCUUUAUUCGUGGAAUCUGUGACGGAGAUAAAGAGUAUUCUAUAGUUGGCACAUAUGUUGAUUCACCACUCUGUUGGUCAAUUUCAUCUGGGGUUGACAGAGAUGAUAUUACUUCCCCAGAUGACUUGAAUGGCAAAAGAGUUUCUGUUUCGAGAAUUGGAUCUGGUUCCUAUGUUAUGUCCUUUGUAUUAGCGUUACAGAGAAAGUUUUCCAAACCAUAUUUCGACUCAUAUCCAAUCUGCCAUAAUUUUAAAAAUUUAAGAGAUUCAGUUAACUUGAAAUUACCUGAUAACAAUUCAAAGGAAUUAGGUAAUAGUGAUGCAUUUAUGUGGGAAUAUUUUACUACAAAGAAAUACUAUGAUCUAAAAGAAAUCAAGAAAAUUGGUGAGAUUUAUACCCCAUGGCCAUCUUGGGUCAUUGUAUCGAGCAGUUCUCUUUUAAGAGAAUCCAAAGAAGAUGUCGAUAAAUUUUUGAGUUCGAUCCAAGAAGGAAUCUCAUAUUUUGUUAAAAAUCAAGGAGGAUCGGCUAAUUAUAUCUACCAAAAUUUAGAUUAUUCAGAAGAAGAUGCGAAAAGUUGGUUAGAUACAGUGGUUUUUAGCAACCAAGUCAGUAAGAUUGAUUGGCAAAAGAUUGUUGAAAAUACCAAGAAAGUUUUACAAGAAGCUGAUGUUUUGCAGGAAAAAGAUGAAAAGAUAAUUGAUGAAAGGCUAAAAGAGUUUGUUUUAAGCGAGUAAAUUUGAGAAUUUGAAACAGUUUAUUGUUUAUCAAUAAGUAAUCUGCAAAUAGUUAUCUAAUUUAAAUGAAAGAUAGUUUUCUUUUUUUUUUUUUUAAUUU